GGGCAUCAGGGAUGGCAGGGGGUGGUUAGGGGGGCUCGUGCCCCCCGGAUGCCCCUCGUUGACACCGCCCUCCCCGCGCCCGGUUUAAACGAACCGCCCCCGGAGCGAGCCACCCGGGCGGCCGGCCGGACGGCGGGGACCGAAGCGGGUGGAGCCGGUCCCCCAUGGCCCCUCCGCCGCUGCUGCUGCUGCUGCUGCUGGUCCCGGGCUGGGCGGGGUCCGAGCCCCACCGCCACCCGACGAUCCCCCCGGCGUGGCGGGCCGAGGCGCCCGACCCCGUCGAGGAGGACGCCGAGGCCGUGGCCGACCGCCUGGCCGCGCCCGCCGCCGCCGAGCUGCUGUCCGUGUCGCAGGCCAGCGCCAACGCCAACGCCUCGCCCGCCGGGGCCCCGGCCGCCCCCCGGCCGCCGCCGCCGCCGCCGCCGCCGGCUCCGCCCGCCCUGGAGCUGCGGCUGCAGCUGCACCCGUGGGGCGCGUGGCAGUGUCACUGCGCGUCGGGCUUCAUGAGCCGCUCCCGCCGGGUGUCGCUGGCCCCGCCCACCGACGUGCACGUGCGGCCCGGGGCCCUGGCGCACCUGCGCACUGAGCGCCGGCCCUGCACCUACCAACAGUGCCCCGGCUGCAGCGUCGCGCAGGCGCAGUGCCCGCAGGGCGCCGCGCAGGCGCGGGGGCAGGGGCAGGGCGAGGCCCCGCCCCCGUGGGAGCCCCACCCCCACCCCCUGGCGGUGGAGGAGGCCGCCGCCUUCUGGAGGCGCGUGCGCGGCAGCCUCGAGGACGUCUGGGCGCAGCUCGCCGCCCUCCUGGGCGCCGGGGACGGCGGGACCCCGCAGUGCCCAUCCCCUCCUCCCUCUCUACAGGCCUAAGAAGAUUCUGGAGCAGAGGAUUCACGCUCUGAUGAAGCUGGGGGGGGGGGGGCAUUCUCACAAGCCCCCCCCCCCAUCACCCCCCUCUGCUCUCCGAGACCCCACCUACUGCAACUUCUCUUUUUCCUCUCCCUUCCCCUGGCACAAAAGUAGAGAGAAGCCACAGGUGGUGGUGGGUGGGGGAGGACAGCCCUAUUUCCCCCGUCAUUUUUGAGGGCGGGGGUGGGGUUGGACAGUGACGGCCCCUCCCCAAGGUUGAUGUUUUUAAUAAACAGCUGUUGGAGGAGAAA